AUGGACCCUGUGGAGCAUGUCAGUCAUUAUAUCCACAUGAUACCCUUGCAUGCACACAAUGAUGCGCUGAUGUGUAAGGUAUACCCUUCUAGUCUCGGCUCCACAACCUUGAGAUGGUUCAAUGGAUUACAAAAAGGUUCCAUUUGCAGCUUUGCCGAGCUAAUCCAAGAGUUCGGCACUCGAUUCGUGAUGUGUAGCCGAGUGCCACAACCGGUGGACGCGCUACUUUCCAUAAAAAUGAGGGUCGGUGAAACCCUUCGGAGUUAUGCCAGUCGAUAUUGGGAACUUUACAAUGAGAUCAGUGGGGGAAAUGAGAAGAUUGUGGCAAGCACCUUCAGGAUGGGGCUUCCCGAAGAUUCCAAACUAUGGGAGUCGCUAACGAAGAGACCUCCCGAGGAUAUGAGGCAACUUAUGAGGCGUAUUGAGGAGUAUAAGCGUCUCGAAGAUGAUCGGCUGUAG